AUGCCUUUCUGUCAGAUAACAAGUACAUGGGCGACAAAUAUUUCAACCGAAGACGAAGGUUGCAAACAGUAUGUAGUUCAACUCAAACGAGACGUAAACUGUUGCGAAGACAAGUAUAAACUAUUUGUUGACAACGAGGAGCGAGAAAACGACUUAACAGACAAUCCUUGCAGCCCGCUUUGUUGUAAAGGAGGCUCUUAUCGUUGGCAAGAUCACGGCCACGAGUUCCACUUAGUCUACAAUGCGUUAUCCCUAACUGGUGUCGUUGGCAAGCAUAGGCUGUUCAUCGAUGAUGCCGAUUGUAAUACAGGCCGGGAAUUUGGAGAGUACUUUCGACGACGUGGCUACCAGUUUGUUGUAUUUGGUUUCCUUAUUCUACUUGCUGGUGUAAUUUGGGCUUCGGUGUUUCGCUUUCUGCUGCAUUCUGCGCCAGUAUCUAUCGUCGGCUAUGGCUUCAUCGGAGCGGGGUUAACAUGGAUGAUAACGGGCAUUAUCCCUGUGAUCAGAUAUAGGAAUUUCAGACCUGCCCAUUCACAAGCACCUGCGGUACAUUAUGAUGCUGAAUGUCCAAAAGACGAAGGCGUACUUGAUUUGUAAAUUUUGGAGAAGCUAUAGGAUAUUGAUUUUAC